ACUUGGUCGGGUGUUUGUGAUCGAAGAGAUAUUUUGAAUUAAGGAUAUUCAAGUAUACUUUACACUCUGUAAUUAUUUAUUGAACAGGCUAUUUAACAGUUGACAGCUCUGGAGAAAAAUUAAAGCACUUUGAUGUCCUUAAGUCAGGUCACAGUAAAUUAGGAAAUAAUAAUCGCAGUUUUAAAUGUUCGUGGAACACACCAUUAUAAGACUAAAGUUGUGUUAAUUGAGUGACGACAACCCCCGUGUCAUCCCUAAUAAACUUGUUAAGAUGUGUUGGCAUAAAAAUUUACUGCAUAAUCCAGUGUCUCAUUGGUUGAUAAAAUACCCUAUCAAUUGGAUAAACACAAUAGUUAUCUCGUGAUACACGUCGAGUGUUUGUUUGGCUCUCACGUUGUUCUGUUGACGUUGCGAUAAAUCAUUUAAAUUGGAUAAUAGUGUAAUUUCUUCAUUUGCCGGGGGGUGGUGGAGCCAGUGAUUGUGAGAUGCGAAUGUUCUUUAUGUUCUGGGUGCGAUAAUUGAGGAGUUAGUGGGACAAAUCGAUCUCCCACUUUUCAGAAAGUCGAAAAGUUCGGGCUGACUCGAGCCAGUGUUUGAUGCAUUUUAAUUCAUCGGGGGGUGGUUGGCAAUAGUUUUAGGGGUUGUGAGAGAUGGCAUGCAUCAGGGCACCACGUUCUCUCAGGAAUUCCUACGAUGACAUCAAAGCAGACUCCACCAGGAGCACUGUUCAGAUCUACACCGACUGGGCGAAUCACUAUCUCGAACGUGGUGGCUCCAAGAGGCGGGUCAGUGACCUUCAGGCCGACCUCUGUGACGGUGUCCUGCUGGCAGAUCUUGUCGAGGCUGUCACCAAUCAAAAGGUGAUAGACAUCAACCGGAAGCCGAAGAACGUUCAACAAAUGAUUGAGAACGUCAGUUUAUGUGUGGGCGCACUGCGUGCACUUGGUGCGGAUGUCGGUGCUGUUAAUCCUGGUGAAUUGUCAACUGGUACCACCCUUCGACCCGUCCUGGCACUACUAUUUGCCCUUUCGAGGCACAAACAGAGGGCCAAACAACUUCAGGAUAUGCCUAGACUACCGUCGCCCUACAACAAGCAGUCGGGAGGGGGAGUCAUUGGUGGUGGUGUUGGCACGAGUAUUCCCCUGCCUGCCACUGUUGCUGCUACGAGAAGAUGCCCCCCGGACAAGGUCAGGCCGGCCCCUGGUCCGCAACAUCAAACGCAGCUCGGGGGUCUGAAACACGGUAAUGGUGGUAUUCCAAGUGCAAGCAGUUCAAGGAGUACAAGCCCAAGUCAACAGCAUUCACCGCAGGGACUCUCCUUCAUCCCUCAACCGAGAACCCAGAGUAACACCAACAGACAGCCCCAAGCGACAACACCAAGCCCGAGAGCUUCCACAGUUGGUCGUCCAGGUGGUGGUCUACGUGCGCCUCAACCGUCUCCCUACACUGCUGCACCACCUCCUCAACAGAACAAAAACUCAGUUCUAGACAAGUUUAAGCUCUUCAAUAAUAAGGAUAAGAAUCAGGAUCGUGGCAAGGCUUCAUCGGGUGCAUCAAAACGCACCUCAAGUUCUUCCGGGUUUUCAUCAGCCCGUUCUGAACAUUCAGACAGCUCAACGUCCCUCUGUGAUCAGGGAAAAACAGUGGAAUCACCGAAGACACGUGCCCUGAAGUCAAAACUCCAGACAAAACCAACGAAACAAUCGAGUCCUAAAUCUGGCCGUAAAGAACAGACAAAAGCUCAAACUAAAAUAGCGAGAACUAAAGGACCUCCUGAGAAAGCCGCCUAUCCUGUUCCCGUGGAGGAGCCUAAAUCAAGUAAAAUUGCCGUUGGUCAAAAAAUCACCGACAAAAAACCAAGCAAUCUCGAGGCUAUAAAACACACCACAAAUCCCCAAAAGCAAAGUACAGUACUUCUUCCCCCUGGCCAUCAGAAACCAAUAAUUCAGGAUCAGAAGAUAUUGCCAAUUGUGAAGAGUAAUGACCAAAAAUCAAUUCAAAGGCCGAAGAUGGAAUUACCUGGUAAAAUGCCAGAUCCAAAGAUUCAGAAUAUCAAAGUCCCACCUAAUGGUAUCCACAAAGAUGUGAUAACUUCCAAAGGUCUUCCAUGCGGCAAUGGAUUGAUUAAGCUUUCUAAUUUGAGCCCAACUCAGGAAAAUCCACCGAGUAUAGACAAAACAAUGAGUAUGAAUCAGGUGAAUACAAAUCACAACGAUGCAAAGUGCAACAAUGAAGUUCAAAAGGUCAAGGAUUUAGAAACUGAUCUCAAUAACAUGAAGAGUGUAUUGGAGGAUAUUGAUGGGGACAGUAAGCCCUAUGAUAAUCAUAUCAGGAGUGACAGGAGUCCAAACGAGAGUAUAUUAAACUCACGGAAUCACCAGUCUUCCAUUGAAAAUGUUCAUAUCAAUGACAAUGACAAUUGUCAAUCAUUCGUUGAUCAAUCGUCUGGCCUGAAUAAACAUCAGCCACCUGUUAAUACAUCGUGUCCAUUACCGGGGCCUAAUGGCACGGGUCAGACAGCACCUGGUGUUAGUCCAGGAUCAAGCAUUCCAAAGCCAACGGCACUUGUCAAAGGUACAACAAAACCACCGAAAGAAAUCAAUCCUCUGAGCAUACCAAAUGCAGCUAAAUUGAAGGGCGAUGUGUUACAUAGAAAAUUGGAUCCCAAUACGGUUGCAAUGGUGUCACCAAUGCCAAGCAUAUCAGAUCUCAUGUCUGAGAGUUCGCAUAGCAACUCAAACAGCACGGGACAAAGUAAUUCGAGUGACAGCAGUGUUAUAUAUAGACCUAGCAGUGAGAGCGGAAGUGAGAUUAAAACUAUACCCAAUAGGAAAAUCGAUACCACAUUUGAGCAGAUGGAGAAGGUUCUUGCUGAGAGCUGCGGUGGUGGUACCGUUGCCGAAGACGAGGGAGAAAUGAACGUAAAACCAAUGCAACCACUUUUACGUGGUUAUACACCGAGUGCAAGAUGCCUGCAAACAUUACCAUCACGUACAACCGGUAGACAGUACACGAUACUACACUCGUCGUCCCAUCACCACGUUGCUCAGGAUUAUUCGGACAUUGACAUUGCAUCGGGUUAUUUAAGCGAUGGUGAAGUACUGAGGGGCGGUGGAAUUAAUGUUGGCAGUCGAGCAUUAUCGGAUUUGUGCGAUGGUUAUAUGUCUGAGGGCGGUGCAUCACUCUAUGCGAGACGAAUCAAUCCGUCUUAUGGUCACGAUCAUGACAAGUACGUGGGUGGCUCGAGGCGAGAAUUAACGGGGGUGAAGGAGUUGGUAAAUACAAGGCGAACACAGAAGAACAGACAUCCCUCGUCUAGUUUAACUAGAGAUGGAAAUCAUGCCAGUGGACUUUUAGGGAGUUGCAGUGGUGGAAGUGACGCACUGGCUGAACUUACUAUUGAGGACCUGGCAGCCAUACCCACUGGCAAUCACGGGGGUCAUCAUACAGGUCAUCCUUCCCAUCAUAAGAGGGUGCCGGGUGGUGGAAGUGUGGUUGUGGGGGGUGGCGUCAGCAGUGGAUCGGCCACCCCCCAAGGUACACAGGCAAACAACCUAGUUUACCGUGUCGUCAGCUCGAGGCAUCCUGGACACCAUUCUCACGUGAAGAAAUCUGAUAGCUCCCAGCAGACCGAGAGUACAGCAUUCAAACAGCAGCAGCAACAGCAGAGUAACCACUGUUCUUCCUCGAAUAAUAGUAACAGCCAACAAUGGAAGAAGUACAUAGAGGCUGGAGCAGCAAGGGAGAGAGACAAGGAGACAGCACCAUCGAGUCCUAGUCCCUCUCGACGAUCUCAGGAGAAACACAGGAAACAGACAAUGGCUGAAUACGCAAACGGUGAGAAACCGCAGAAAGUUUCAUCUGGUACGUCAACUGGCAGCAGCAGUAGCAAGGUCAGGGGUGUACCACAGAGUUUUGGAUAUGUCAAGAGACACAGCGCUGGUACAUCACCCAGUCCCAAUGGGGUGCAGAAUGGAAGCAAGGAAGGCACUAGAACUGCACAAGUCAGUGCUGUACCUCGAACUAAGGUCAAGGUGUCUGGAGGCACUCAGACAUGCACAACAGAACUCCAAGCGAAUUCCUCAAAUUCGAAUCAGGGCCAUCACUACAAAAGUUAUAGUCUAACUGGUCCAAGUGCUAGCCAACUGUCUCAAUCGGUGCGCGAUCGGUUGAUGCUUGGCUCCCAGAGUUUACCGAAGGCAGGGAGUCCUGAGUUUACUGCCCUCUUCGCAGCUGCCCAUCAUCGCGAUCGGAGCGGUGCUGGAGGACCAACGACCUCGGGCUUCUCACCUCGUGUACUCAAACCAUCAGACGGUAGUCUAAGUGACACCUGCAGCAAUUACGCUGCAGCCGAUAUUCAGGGAUAUUAUGCACCCAACAGUCCCUAUUCCACUUCUUGGAUGAGGCACAGCAAUACGUAUACGCCCAGUGGAAGAUCACAAGGUAUGGGCCUCUGCGAGGCGGACAGCGUUGAAUCUUUGGGAUCCCAUCGAACGAGUUUGACCCACGCUCUUCUCUUAAAACACCAGCGGGAUUCAACAGGCUCUCCAGCACCACCAAGGCUCAAUAGAAGCAAUUCCAUCAGCCAUCUCAGGGACAGGACUUUCCCAAGAUCAACUAAAAGUGAGAAGAUGUAUCCAUCGAUGUUGGCUCGUGGCAGUGGUGCAUCGUCGUCAGUUGGUGAAGAGGGCAUUGGCAUAACUGGCGAGCCAUACUACAGUGUUCCAGUGGGAUCAGCGAGCUGUGCAGGCCAGCACUGGUCUCAACCGACCUCUCCAACCCCAACCCACGGAUCUAGACAGCCGCCAAACCUCUACCAACACGUCCACAAGGAUGAUGACAUUCACGGUUCUUCAGUUUCUCUUGUAUCGACCGCAAGCAGUUUAUACAGCUCAGCUGAAGAAAAACAUGCUCACGAAGUGAGAAAGCUGAGGCGAGAGCUCCAGGAUGCCCAGGAAAAAGUUCACUCCCUGACGAAUCAACUCACGACUAAUGCCCACGUCGUUGCAGCCUUUGAACAGUCGCUGUCGAACAUGACCCAGAGGCUACAGCAGCUCACGGCGACCGCUGAGAAAAAGGACUCAGAGCUGCAAGAACUCCGGGAAACGAUAGAACGUUUACGUCAACAAGGUGCAGAAGCUGUCCUGACAAACAAUGCCGCCACAUCAAAUGGCCGUAGGCACACCCUCGGCGAUUCAGACUCUGGUACAACAGGUUGCACUGGUUACACCAGCAAUCAGGGCUCCUCAAUGGCACGGCAAUUGUCAGCCGACAGUGUGACAUCAUUGAAUUCAAUAAGCAGCCAAUGCUCAGUGAGCAGUCAUCACAAGAAAAAGGGCUGGCUGAGGAGUUCAUUUUCAAAGGCAUUCUCAAGACCCAGAAAAAAUCGUCAUGGCUCAGUAUCAGACGCUGAAGACACAAAGGACAAUAGUUCAAUGAUCACUGGUGAACUCAGUGCACCCAACAGUCCACGACUGCCUACCGCUGUUAAACAUGACAAUUCUCAACAGAAUAAUGGGGAAUCGAAUGAACAAAAAUCACCGGAGCAUGAUAAUUCGUUGAGUGGCAGUAAAAGUAGUUCAGCACUUUAUAAAACAGAUACAACUGUCGAUGAACUUAAGAAUCAAUUGAGGGAGAAGGAUCUUGUGCUCACUGAUAUUAGACUCGAGGCACUGUCAUCAGCUCAUCAAUUGCACUCGCUCAAGGAACACUUCAAUAAGAUGCGGAACGAGAUGAUAAACCUUAAGCAGGACAACGAGCGCCUACAGCGACUAGUGACUUCAAAAUCCCUGACGUCGUCGCAGUCCUCUCUGCCGAGUGAUCCUGACCGCCGUUUUAGCAUGACAGAGGUACCCACCAGUGGAGGCCUCCCAAACGGUGAUCACACAUCAACAGUGGAACAGCUGGACGACAUUCCUGUCCCAGAGCACUCAAUAGUCCCCACAACAGAGCCCGUGAUCGAGGACACUGAUGGCAAGAGAAUAAACGUCGCUGUCUACCUCGGCAGUGAGAACAGUUUCAACGUCAAUCUGACCUCAGGACAGGACGGAAUUAUCGGUGAGCCAGCCCACUGUAUAAUCGCCAACGUUUGCAUCUCCAACAAGACAUCGUGGGACGCCCUGGACUCUACAGUUCGUCGUUGUCUCAAGGAUUACGUUGCCAGGGUCGAUCCAAUAAACAAUCUGGGCUUGGGGGUGGACUGCAUAUCGGCUUAUCACCUGGGUGAGGCAUCCAGGUGCACAGCAGACCCUCAGUAUCCUGAACUGCUGCCCUGUGGCUACCUCGUGGGACACGUGAAGACGAUUUAUCUCGUCCUCUCUGGGUACUCCUGGCUCGCCAUCGACACUUUGAUUCCAAAGUCAAUUGUCCAGAGGCUGAUUUCACUAUUCAAUGAUCAUCGGAGGGUUAUUCUCUGUGGACCCAGUGGCACUGGCAAGAGUUAUCUCGCUGGUAAACUCGCUCAUGCACUUGCUGGAUCUGACUCAGAAGCUGGAGAUCCAGCUGCUGUUGCCACCUUUAAUCUUGAUCACAAAUCGAGCAAGGAACCCAGAGCGUUCUUGGGGCAUAUUCUACAGAGAUGCGCGUCCAAUGCGGGUGAUGAACUACCCCGAGUGAUAAUCGUGGAGAAUCUGCAGCACGCGAGUUCCCUCACUGAAUUAUUCGGUGGAUUGAAUGCCAAGAAUAAAUCAUUCCCCGCAAUAAUUGGUACAAUGAGCCAGACAACAUGCAACAUUACGAAUCUCCAGUUGAUACACAACUUCCGUUGGAUAAUGUGUGCCAAUCACAUGGAGCCUGUGAAGGGCUUCCUCGGGAGAUUCUUGAGACGAAAAUUACUGGAGCACGAGCUGAGGGAGUGCGGUGGACAGAGAAAUGCAGAAAUGGCAGCUGUUGUUGAGUGGAUGCCCCGGGUUUGGCUGCAUUUGAAUAAAUUUCUGGAGACUCACAGCAGUUCAGAUGUGACUAUUGGACCCAAGUGGUUCCUCGGGUGUCCCAUGGAGGUGGCCAAUUCCCAGGUGUGGUUCACGGAUCUGUGGAAUUAUUCCGUCAUUCCGUAUCUUGUGGACAAAGUGAGACAGGGACUGGAGCUCUAUGGGAGGAGAACCAGUGGCAAUGGAAAUACUGAUGGGGCUUGGGAGGAUCCCACGCAAUUCAUCAUUAAUAGUUAUCCUUGGGUGGCUACUCAGGCGGUUCAUGGGGGUUUCAAGGCUCUUGUGCCGUUGAAACCUGAGGACGUUGGGUAUGAUGACGAAGAUCCCUCUGGACACACUUCCGGAGUUGGGAGCUCCAGUGUCAAGAGCCUUGGCAGCACACACAGCGAUACGGAUGGGGAUCCUUUGUUGAACAUGCUGAUGAGACUGCAGGAGGCAGCAAAUUACUCGAGCCCUCACAGCAACGACAGCGAUUCAAACACAUCCCUGGACUCAUCCAACACUCGACACUCUGAGGAUCUCAAUACCUCGAGAUCAUCCAACGCUGGGGUUGAAUCAGCUCUCUAGAUUUGCAUCAACUACCGGCGAACUUCUACGAUGUUUUACGAUUCAAGUACCACCAGAGUAGCUGUUUAAAUGGUUCUUUGCAACGAUACAAAAUUUAUUCUGAUGGGCUAUAAAAGCGAGACAAAUAAUUUAUGAAACUGCCUAGUAAAUUUAAAAUUCACGUCAAGUGCAUUCUAUCGUUCUCGUCUCACUGACGUGGUUUUUUCAGCGGGAGGUGAUAGUUGACGCUAGCAUUUUUAGGAUAUUAGUUAUGGGAUUGAGGUAGAAGUGGACUAUUAUGUAAUGACGUGACAGUUCUUGUCACAUGAAAUUUCCAAAUUUUUUGCACUCUAUUUUUAUUUACUUUUCAUUAAAUAAUAAAAAAAAUUUGGAAAAUUUGAGCCAAAACGUUUCUAUAAGAAUUGAGAUCCAUCAAUUUUUCGAAUUAUUUAUAUGCUAUUAUUCCUUUUAUUUUCUGGGCAGUUGUUAGCAUACACGAAAAUGAUAGCGAAACCCUCGCGUCCAGUCCUACCUCAAUGACCCUCAAGGUCUAAUAAUGUUUCGAUAAUUGAAAAAAAAUGGCGAUAACUCCGUAUUUCAGGAUAAUGAUGCCUCGUCAUCGAAGUAGUGCAACUCGAAAAAAAAAUCCCCAUAAGAUUGAAUUUUUUAAGACAAGUUAGAAGACUCGAAUAGUAUGAACACAAAUACGAUCAAUUAGUCCAGUGCCUGAGUGGCGAAUGAUAAAUUUUUUCUGAUGUAAUACAGUAUUAAAAGGCUCGAAGGGAACCCAUCGUUCUCGACUUCAAGCUCCGAAUGACGAGAUGAAUUUUCCAGAAUUUUUUUUCUCCGCAGAAGAAAAAACGUAAUAAAAAUAAAAUACGACGUAGUGCGUCGAUGAAUCAUUGACUCGGAAAUAUAUUUAUACACAACAGAUCUGCAUGAAGACGACAAGAGAAAAGGCUAUAUAUUUAAUUUGAAAUGAAUGGAGAAUGUUGAUAUAAUAUAUAAACGAAAAAUAAUGGCGCUGAAUUUUAUAUAAAUGUAUGGAUUCAUUAUAUAUAUUCUGAUUAAAAUUUAUAAACUAGCCAGUAAGAUACGUGAGUAAUUCUGGUCAUAUGUAAUUUGUAAAUAGAUCGACUUUUAAUGCGCAUUAAGUGAAGUGAUGGUGGAUGAUUAUUGUGAAGCGAUGCAGAUGAUUACCGGAAGGAAAUGUUGUGGAUGCUGAUGAAAUAUAGUAUCUCACUCGAGAUGCAAAAUAAUGAGACAAUUUCCAUUGAAGAGAUCAUUAAAAAACUGCAUUUUAAAACUGUAAAAAAAUGGGUAUAACUUUGUAUUGCAAAUUUGCUCCAAUUUUUCAUGUAACCACUGCUGGGAAAAUUACAACUUUUAACGUUUUUUAUUGUACAUGUAUUGUGAUACAAAAUUCUUUCGUAAAUAAAAUCUCUUUAGCCCACUUUAAUGAAGAAAAUAAAAUGAAAUUAUGAUGACAGUCUAGAGAAAAUUUUAAAUAUGACCGGAUCAAUGUGAAUGUUUAUGGUGACGAAUUAUACAGUCGCGUUUACAGAAUUUUUUACGUUUGUACCGCUAUUUGUACGCUGUACUGGCGCCUGCACCCCAACUUUCCCGAAAUAAUAAUCAUAAUUGUGUCAUAAAUAAAAUUAUAAAUCUUAUGAGAA